AUGGUGAAGACGCGCGUGACGUGUUACUUUCCAGUGGAAAACGCGCGCGAGGCGAAGCUCGGGGCGUUCGCGGUGUGGUACGUCGACGUGGACGUCGAGGCGACGGACACGAAGACGGACGUGCGAAAGGCGAUCGCGCUGGCGACGGGGGCGAAGUUUUCGAGGCUGAAGAUACGGCUCGGGAUGUUUAACGAACUGUUGGCGUUCGAGGACGGGCGGUACGGCGCGGUUUUAAAGGUGGGGUCGUGCGGGGCGAGCGCGGCGACGCGCGAUGAGAGGUUGUUGACGGCGCACGAAUUGAAUGAUCUCGGCGCGGGAAGCGCGAGUGAUUUACCGGACUGGGACCCGUCCAAGUACGAUGGAAGAUACGGCUGGGUGCAAGAGGUGAAAGAGCAUUGGAAGUGA